AUGUUUGCAAGAGCUCGAACUAAAUAUCCCUGCGCUUCUGCGAGACUCGAGAACAUCGUGGCAAGAGCCAAGUGCAAACUGACAGAGCUGGAUAUUUCAACCGGCUUUCAAGAAUGGGUAGACGGCUCAACAGACCAGGACUACUUUGAGUGCGCGAGCGAACUGAGGCGGGAGGAUCUGACUAGUACGACGUUGAUCAGGGUCUUGUCCGAGAAUACAGAACUGACCAGCUUGAAGUUGUCUGAUUGUGGGUUGCAAGACCAAGGGAUCGAAGAGACUCUGGUCAUGCUCUCUGACCUGCCAAACUUGACUUUGCUGGACCUCGGACACCUGGACAUCUCAAGUAUCGCGCCGUUCCAGGAUGCAUUCUACAUCUGCACCAGGCUGGAGCACCUCGAUCUGGGAGGGAACUUGUUCAAUGAGAAUGUGGAAGACCUGUCUGUCCUCACAAACCUGGAAAGGCUGAAGCACCUUAACCUCUCCAUGAAUCGCCUUAGGAAGCUGCCUCGAAGCUACGAUCAGCUCACAAACCUUACCACCCUCAUCCUGGGAGGGAACUGUCUGAACGAGUUCCCAGCGGUGAUCAGAAGCUUCGCUAACCUGCAGUUCCUCGACCUCGGGUACAACGCGAUCCCCAACGUUCCCGGCUGGAUCACCCGCUUCACCAACCUGGAAGUUCUCGCUCUAGGAAAUGAUGGGGACCCGGAAGGAGCCCGGACGGCGAUCCCGGUGACACUCGCGUUCAACUUGUUGAGUGACGUAGACCUCUCGGGGCUGCGGAUGAGCGACGAUGGCUUCCCGACCUGGCUGCUGGACUUGGACCUCAAGUGUCUCGAUCUAUCUUGCAACAACUUCACGCGUCUGCCCGCAGAAGUGAAGCAGUGGACGAGGCUGGAGGUGCUGGAGCUGCAAGCACAGGGCGGGGGGGUGUUUGAUCUGCCCCCCGAGAUGUCGCUUCUCAGCUCGCUCACCCGGCUGAACCUUGGGUCAAACACUCUGCAGGACCGCUGCUUGGAGAAAUUUGACAACUUCGUGAACAUGCGAACCUUCAGCUUGCACGAGUGUUGGUUGACUUGGCUACCAAAGUGCGUGCAGAGCAUGUCGAGUUUGACGAAACUUGAGCUGGGGAGAAACAACAUCGGCGUGUUCCCGGACAUGCUGACAAGUCUGGGUUGUUUGACCUACCUGAACAUGACUUCGAAUCGACUGCAGAGCCUGCCCGACUUUGUCCUUGACAUGACUAGUCUGUGCCAGCUCCACGUCCACUCCAACGAUCUCAAGAAGAUCCCGGCGUACCUCCUGCAACAUCCUAGAUUGCAGACUUUCUCGGUCGGGCGGAACGAAUCUCUCUUCAGCAACACGGGCGACAUGCACGAGCUCUGCAACAACACCAUCCUCUCCCUCGAUUUCUACAAGACCAGCCUGUCAGGCUUCCCCAUGUGGACCCUGUCCUGCAGGAACCUAGCACACCUAUCUAUCCACUCCAACUCCGUCACGACCCUACCAGACUCCCUUGGCUGCCUCUCUACCCUGAUGGUUCUCUCUGCCUCCCUGUGUUCGCUCUCAGGGCCCAUCCCCUCUUGCAUCCUUCAACUGCGCAAGCUGAGAUGGCUUGGGUUGUACCAGAACAAAUUGGAUUCGCUGCACGACGACAUCGCAACACUGACAUCGUUGCGGCACCUCGACGUGGAGGGCAACCGCAUCGUCCAAGUGGGCUCUCUGCUGGAGAUGACUUGGCUCUACAGCCUGUCCAUCGCAGGGAACCCGAUGGUUCGCAACAUACCCAGCGAGCUGCUGGGGAUGGCAAGAGACGACAAGAACGUGAAGCCGCUGCUGGGGGCCCUGAGGGAGAGGCUGGAGGGGCAAGGGGGACAGGGAGCAUGCCAGCAAUAG